CGUGCACGCGGAAGGGGGGAGACAGAGCCGCUCGUCUGCCUCCUCUCGGAUGGUGCUGCCUCCCCGCCGUCGCAGUGCUUUCGCCGCUCUCCUCCUCUCUCUGCCUCCCUUUCUCUCUCGCUUUCGUGCCCAGCGCCUCGCCUCGCCGCACCUCGCCUCCUCCUCCUCCUCUUUCUCCUUAUCCCCUUGCAUCUCUCUUCCACUCCCGUCUCGCAUGCCCCAGCCUCGCACCCCCGGCCAAGCAUCCCGGCAAAUGGUCGCUCCAUCCCCGGCAACUCCGGACGCAGGACACCGCGGAAAGGCGCACGGCUCCGCUGCCUUCUGAUCCCGAGCACACUGCGGACUGGACUCGGAAGGAGAGGCGGACCACGCACGGGGAAGACACACGAGGAGGACGCCGGUCGCUGACAGUGGCCAGGAUCUAAUUUCGCAAUGCCGGUGCCAGAUCAGCCUGCAGAGCAGGAGAAGGGGGCCAUGGUUCCCCCUGUGAUGCCAUCGUCCAACGGCGACAGAUCUGAGCCGGAGACGACCUCUUCAAUCCUCGCCUCUGUCAAAGAGCAGGAGCUUCAGUUUGAACGGCUGACCAGGGAACUUGAGGCUGAGCGUCAGAUCGUUGCCACCCAGCUGGAGAGGUGCAAACUUGGAUCAGAGGCAGGCAGCAUGAGCAGCAUCAGUUCGACGGAUGAGCAAUUUCGCUGGAACGCUCAAGCGGAUGGACAGAAGGAUAUCGAGGAUGAGUUAACCACGGGUUUGGAGUUGGUGGAUUCCUGCAUUCGCUCCCUUCAGGAAUCAGGGAUUCUGGACAGCGGAGAACGACCGGCUCUCCUUUCCCAGAGUUCCUUGCAGCUCAACUCCACCCCGGAGGCUUCGCUCCAGUACUCUGCCAGCUACCAUAGCAACCAGACCCUCGCCCUUAGCGACAGCAUCUCCGCAGCAACUUCUCAGCGCAGCGGGCAGGUUGGAGGAGCUGUGCACAGCUACAACCAGGUGACAUCGAGCCGUGCCGCCCAUCAUCAGCAAUCACAAAGCGGGGCGGGAUCAGGUAUCUACUACUCCAGCUCCACCUUGCCCGCCCAGCGUGUCAGUUCUCCUCUGUCCGGAGGAAGAGGAAACUCAGGGUCCAGUUCCCCCAGCAAGCUUCAGCGCCUGGGAUCAGCCUCCGAUGCGCCUGGGUACGCCACCACUGAACGCCUGCCUUCCUCCUCCUCUCCCAACAAACAGUCUACCGCUAAUCGACUGGCCAAGUCUUACAGCACCACUGUUGCCGUGACAACAGCAGGAGGGGCCGGGUCUCCCCUGAGGGUGGCAUCUCCACCCAACUCUACAGCAGCGGGGGGAGGGGCCAGCUCAUCAUCGUCGCCUCUUCACCAGAUGAGUUCAGGCAUAGGGAGCUAUGCAACUCUGUCUCCCAAAAGACUGGCAUCUCACCACGCCUCCGACCAGUACAAGAUCUCCCACGAGCUCUACGCUACAGCUACGCUGCAGAGACCUGGCAGUCUAGCAGGCUCUCGUGGCUCCUACAGUAGUCAGCAUAGCCAGGAGCCCCUUCGGCCCUUGGGGUCCCCAGAGCACCACAUAGAUCCCAUCUAUGAAGAACGUGUCUAUCACAAGGGCCCCAUGAGGAGCCUCAGCCAGAGCCAGGGGCCGGACACAGGCCCCUAUCGCAACAACACCGACCUCACCCAGCGUAUCCAUGACCAGGUCCUAAGUUAUGUCCUCUGUCCCUACUUCCCUAUCCUAGCUCCCUCCUCCCCUGGUGUCGACUCCGCCCCUUUGCAGCGCACAGCCAGUCACAGCACCGGGACAGGAAACUACAGCCGUGGCGGGACCAACAACUAUGCCACAGUGGGCCCGGGCUACACCUCAAGCAACGUCGGCGACGUGUACGGCUCAGACCCAUAUGUGGCCGACCCCUACCGCACCCUGCAGUACUGCCCCUCGGUGGUGGAAUCACCCUACAGCAAGUCUGGACCAGCCCUACCGCCCGAAGGCAGCCUGCAGCGCUCACCUUCCAUCGACUCUAUUCAGAAGGACCCAAGAGAAUUCGGGUGGAGAGAUCCGGAGCUGCCAGAGGUGAUCCAGAUGUUACAGCACCAGUUCCCAUCGGUGCAGUCCAAUGCAGCAGCCUACCUACAACACCUCUGCUUCGGAGACAACAAGAUCAAAGCUGAGAUCCGUAGACAGGGAGGCAUUCAGCUGCUGGUGGACCUCCUGGACCACAGGAUGAGCGAGGUGCACCGCAGCGCCUGCGGAGCCCUGAGGAACCUGGUGUACGGCAAAGCCAACGACGAGAACAAAGUAGCUCUGAAGAACUGCGGGGGGAUUCCUGCACUGGUCCGCCUGCUGAGGAAGACUGGAGACGUGGAGAUCAGAGAGCUGGUCACAGGUGUUCUAUGGAACCUCUCGUCAUGUGAUGCUCUGAAGAUGCCAAUCAUUCAGGACGCCCUGGCAGUUCUGACCAACAGUGUCAUCAUACCGCACUCUAGCUGGGACUCCUCCCCCAAUCACCAUGAUGACCGCAAGCUCCACCUCCACACCUCGCAGGUGCUGCGCAACGCUACCGGCUGCCUCAGGAAUGUAAGCUCUGCAGGUGAGGAGGCAAGACGAAGGAAGGAGUGUGACGGCCUGACAGACGCUCUGCUCUACGUCAUUCAGACCUCGCUGGGCAGCGGCGAGAUCGACAGCAAGACCGUAGAGAACUGCGUUUGCAUCCUGAGGAACCUGUCGUACCGCUUGGCUGCCGAGACGUCCCACGGCCAGCAGGGGGGGCUGGAAGAGCUGGACAGCCUGCUUUGGGACGCCAAUGGUCGCGACGGAGAGAGCUCCGGAUGCUGGGGCAAGAAGAAGAAGAAAAAGAAGGGGGUUGACCAGUGGGAUGGUGUGGGCCCGUUUCCAGACACAGCGGAGCCUCCAAAAGGGGUUCAGAUGCUGUGGCACCCGACCAUCGUCAAGCCCUACCUCACCCUGCUGUCUGAAUGCUCAAAUCCCGACACACUGGAGGGAGCAGCCGGGGCUCUGCAGAACCUGGCCGCAGGCAGUUGGAAGUGGUCGGUGUACAUCCGGGCUGCUGUGCGUAAAGAGAAAGGCCUUCCCAUCCUGGUGGAGUUACUGAGGAUAGACAAUGACAAGGUGGUGUGUGCCGUGGCCACCGCGCUCAGAAAUAUGGCCCUGGACAUAAGGAACAAGGAGCUCAUUGGUAAAUAUGCCAUGAGAGAUCUGAUCCAUCGGUUACCAGGCAGUAGCAGUAGCAGCAACAAUAACGCCACCAGCAGUGGGACCUCUGGAACCAUGGGCCCUCCCAGCAAGGCCAUGUCGGACGACACGGUAACUGCCAUCUGCUGCGCGCUGCAUGAAGUCAUCACCAAGAACAUGGAGAACGCCAAAGCUCUGCGCGAUGCCGGCGGCAUCGAAAAACUCAUUGGCAUCGCCCGCAGCAAAGGAGACAAACACUCAGCGAAGGUGGUGAAGGCAGCCUCUCAGGUCCUCAGCAGUAUGUGGCAGUACAGAGACCUACGCUCCCUCUACAAGAAGGAUGGAUACUCCCAGUAUCACUUCGUAGGCUCGGCCUCAACGAUAGAGCGAGACAGACAGAGGCCCUACUCCUCCUCCCGAACUCCUUCCGUCUCCCCCGUCAGGACGUCCCCAAAUAACCGCUCAGCGAGCGCACCAGCCUCCCCCAGAGAGAUGAUGUGUCUGAAGGAACGUAAGAUGGACUACGAUUCCACGGCAACCAACGCUGGUUUCCAUAGCAACAAAGGCGAGCACACAUCCCGGAAAGACGGCAUGGCAGUUCAAGUAUCAUGCGGGACGUCUACAUUGUUCCGAAACUCUUACCUGACUGCCAGUGAUGAUAUCAAGCAAAACCAGAUUCCAGCCCAGCCCUGCGUUGUGCCCCCCCAGCCCCAGCAGGACAGCCCGUCAGCAGCCGUGCUAAAAGACUACGACCCCUACCCCGCCCCUCCUUCCUUCCCGCAGCCGCCGCAGCCUCCCCCUCACAGCCAGAGCCGGAGCUUCGACGAGGCCUACUACGAGGACCAGGGGCCACCGCCUCCUCCGUCCCAGCCACAGCCACAGGUACAAGUGCAAGUACAGGCCCAGCCUCAGGCCCAACCCCAGCAGCCGCCGAGCUCAACCGUGCCGCCCCGGGACCCGCGGGAGGACCUGCGCAUGCAUCUGGGCCUCAAAUCCACUGGCAACUACGUGGACUUCUACUCAGCCUCUCGGCCGUACAGCGAACUGAACUAUGAGACCAGCCACUACCCAGCCUCGCCUGACUCCUGGGUCUAGUCAGACAAUAAUGGGGGAGGGGGACAAGAGAGAUUCUGUGUAUGCUUGUGUGAAAGGGAUUAUUUUUUACAAGCGAUCAGCAGCAGAUGAACCGAAGGUGACAGCGAUGGCGUUUUGAAAAGGUAUCUUGUAGCCGAAGGCAGGAAAUUAGUGCUCCUUUAAAAUAAGAUGAAAGACCGAUUUGGGAAAGGAGUGAAGUCAGGUGGAGUGACAAUGAGAGUCUGUGCAUGUGCAUGCCAACAUUUUCCUUUUCUUUUUAAGACCACUUUAUUUCUUCAAAGUCAGCUCCAUUGUAACGUCGAGUGGAUAAGGAGCAAGUGGGAGUAGAUAUGAAGUGUGGUGGAAGUGUGAGAGACAAGUGGGCCGGGGAAUACAGAGAGAAAACGACCAGGCACAGAGAGUACACCGAGGCCUGGAGAGGAGGACAGAAAAGGGAUGGAGAAAUAAUUGGAAGCAGAUGACUCUAUAGAAGUGUGAAGACCAUUUUGAUAAAGAAAGAGGGAGGCAAAGAGGAGAGGCAAAGAUGGCAUCAGGGUUCUCGAGGAGGUCCGGAAGAAUACAAGCACAGAGGAAGAUGAAAGCACAUCAGACAUGUUGUGGAUGUUUACCAUUUCACCCCAGUGACAAAACGUAGCACUGCUUUUAUCCCCCGUCUUUUUGUUCCGAUGGCCUUGCUGCCUACAGAGACGUCUGAAUUUGUUUUCAAGGAAUGUCAUCUUCAAGAGACUUCUUUUAUCACAUCAUUCUUUUACAUGUUUUUUUUAUUUGUACUUUUUCUAAAUUUUCACUUAAAAAAAAAAAAAAAGGUGAUAUAGUGUGUAUAUUACACGUUUUUUGAUGAAAAUAAGAUUUUUUUUCCAUGACUGAAACAACAAAAAGCAACAAAAAUCAGUCAGCUGCAAAAGCAGAAAACACAGAAGUCGUCAGGAUGGAUUGCCAGUGGAUACCUUUGCUUUUUGCCCUUUCCGAGCCCGAGAGGGAGCCUUGCAAUAUUCGUGUUUCUCUCUCUCUCCAUCAAGUUAAUUUUGAUUGUUGUGGACGUGCUCAAAACGUCAAAAGCAGUUCUCGGCUGCCAGAGCACGAGACAGGCAGAGCCGCUCCCAAGCUCCCAGUCAACACAAGUUCUUUUUCACUGCCUCAAGAAAAUACGUGUGUGUCCGGAGCCCUUCGGAAAGGGUCGUCUUUUCCUUUUUUGGGGAGCAAAUUUAUUGGACCGUGUAAUUUUUCAGCGGUUUCUCAUCAACAGUAAAAAAAACAUAAGAACUCAUCUGUCCAACAAGAGCCACCAUAGAUAUUGUACAUGUCCUUGUACAGUAGAGAAAGACUGAGAGAGACGUGACAUUGUGCCAAACUUUGACACCUCCUGUGCACCCGUCCUGUGGGAAUUUAAAGGGACAUUCUGUCGAAGUUUACAGACAAUGACCGGAUGACUCCCUCUGCUGUUUGUAACUUUUAUUUUCUUGUGUUGAUCAGGUGAGAACAUAAGUUAUUGCUGGGGAUCAUGGGUAACAUCUCCCUCCCAUAGAUGUACAGACCUGCCUCUCUGUGUUUGCUGAGCAUGUGUGGGCGCGUGGACACGUGUGUGUGUGCGUGCGUGUGUGGGUGUGUGUGACCGUAUGUGUGGCCCAUGUGUGUACACGUAAACUUGAGCGAGCGUAUCUAUGCAUGCAUGUGUGUAGUAGUGUGCGUAUGCCUCCGUUGCGUGUAUGUGCGUUCCUGUACAAAUCAGUGUCCGAACAAGGCAUUCCUACCGACAGUUUGUCCAGUUUUACAACCAUGAAAAACCAAGGUAAAAAUCACUAGAAUGAAGUGUUGAUAUAGAAUGACAAAUGUAUAAAUCUAUGAAUAUAAAUAUAAAUAUAUAUAUAAUUUUUAUGUGCAGAUGUCAUUGUCACUAAAUGCAACAAAUGUUAGCGGAGAAAAAAAAAAAGAUUAUGUGGUGUACAACAGGUUCACUUUGACCUAAACGUGGAAACUGCUGAUCCCCCCUUCAAC